GAUCUUUUGAAGAAAUUAUUCCUGCAAGGAAGCUGAAGAAUUUUUAUCCAGGGGUGGCAGAGCACAAGGAUAUUUCCAAGUUGGUUCUCCUCCUUUCUUCCUCUGUGAAUUCUCUACGAAAGGUAGCUCACGAGGCCUUGCAGGACUUUCAAAAGUACAAGACGCUCUGGACCGAGGACCGAGACAUGAAAGUGAAGGAGUUUUUGGCUAACAACCCCUCUCUGACUGAAAUCAGAUCAGAAAUUCUACACUUUGCAACUUUUGAACAGGAGAUCGAUGAGUUGAAGCCUAUUAUUGUUGUGGGAGCACUUGAAUUGCAUACAGAGCCAAUGAAACUGGCCUUAUCAAUUGAGGCUAAGGCAUGGAAGAUGUUACUCUGUCGCUACUUGAAUGAAGAAUAUAAAAAGAAAAUGUCAGACAUGAUAGCAUUUAUCAAUGAAUACUUGAAAAAGUUAUCUAGACCUAUUCGUGAUUUAGAUGAUGUCAGGUUUGCAAUGGAAGCCUUAUCAUCUAUCCGUGAUAAUGAAAUUCAAAUGGACAUGACUUUGGGACCAAUUGAAGAAGCCUACGCUAUUUUAAAUAGAUUUGAAGUUGAAGUGACCAAAGAAGAAUCAGAAGCAGUUGAUACCUUGAGAUAUUCUUUCAACAAAUUGCAGAGCAAAGCU